AUGACGAGUGCAACCCCGCCAUCGGACAACAACGAUCACCUCGUCCAGUCCAGCAACCCAGACCACCCUGCCAACCUCAUCCCGUCGCUAUGCGCCAAAUUCUGGACACUUGGCUGGGUGACUGGCACUGGAGGCGGAGCGUCAAUCCGCGAAGAUGAUCUCGUCUACAUCGCGCCGUCAGGAGUCCAAAAGGAGUUGAUGAAGCCGUCCGACAUCUACGUCCUCUCGCUCGCCGCGCAAGCCCAAUCCCUCGACCGCCGCAACCGGGUCUACCUGCGCAGCCCGCCCAGCUACAAGCCAAGCCAGUGCACGCCGCUCUUCCUGGCCGCCUUCACCAAGCGGCGCGCCGGUUGCUGCAUCCACACGCACUCGCACUGGGCCGUGCUGGUGACGCUUCUCCUCGAGACACAGACGCCAGCGCAGGCAGAGGCCGUGGGCAGCCAAAACCCCGGUCGUGAGUUCCGCAUCAACAACAUCGAGCAGAUUAAGGGGUUCGGGAAAGGGUUUGAGAAGAGCGGGAACCUGGGCUACCACGAUACGCUGGUCAUCCCGGUGAUUGAGAACACGGCUCAUGAGGAGGAUCUGACCGAGUUUUUGGAGGCGGCCAUGGACAAGUACCCGGAUACCUAUGCGGUGCUGGUCCGGCGACAUGGCGUGUAUGUCUGGGGGGACAAUGUGCACAAGGCGAAGACCAUGUGCGAAAGUCUCGAUUAUCUCUUCCAAUUGGCCGUCGAGAUGAAACAGCUCAAUCUGCCCUGGAUCACCGACAUAGAGCCAGUGGUACCGACGAGGUCGUGA